AUGAUAAGGAGAGGCGUCCAGGCGAUAGCAAGGCUCGGCCACCACGGAGCCCUCCCCGGGGCCUCCUGUGUCCUGCCCAGACUUGACCUUGCCUCGGCGUUUGCCUCCUCCACGGACAACCUGAUCUCGAGAUUCUGUCUACAGAAGACGGACUUGAAGGACUAUGCCCUCCCCAAUGCCAGCUGGUGUCCCGACAUGCUGAGCCUGUACCAAGAGUUUCUGGAGAAGACCAAGUCUGGCGGCUGGAUCAAGCUGCCUUCCUUCAAGUCCAACAGAGACCACAUCCAGGGGCUGAAGCUCCCCUCAGGGUUGGCGGUCACCUCGGACAAAAGUGACUGGCGCAUCUUCACCAGGUGCAUCCCAGCAGAAGGGCAAGGUUACGAGUACGUCAUCUUCUUCCACCCGUCCGAGAAGAAGUCUGUCUGUCUUUUCCAGCCAGGCCCCUACCUAGAGGGGCCCCCCGGGUUCGCCCACGGAGGGUCCCUGGCAGCCAUCAUGGAUGAGACUUUUUCCAAAACGGCCUACUUGGCUGGAGAGGGGCUGUUCACACUAAGCCUCAGCAUCAAGUUCAAGAACUUGAUCCCCCUGGGCUCUCUGGCGGUCCUGAACGUUGAAGUGGAGAAGAUCGAGGACCAGAAGCUGUACAUGUCCUGUGUCACCCAGAGCAGAGACCAGCAGAUAGUCUACGCCAAGUCCUCAGGUGUUUUCCUGCAGCUGCAGCUGGAAGAAGAGUCACUCCAGUAACAGCACUGUGCCAUCAGCAGAGCCUCCGCCCAU